ACAUCUGGAGAUCACCAAUUUGAAGAAUGAAUACUUCAGAUUUAGAAUUUGUGAUUUAGCUGUUUUGAUUAUGUUAUAAUAUGAUGCUGCUGCUUCUGGCUGCCAUCAUCUUUGCCCUUCCCUGAUUAUUAAUGUCAUUGUUCCUUGCCUUGUGCAACUAGCCCUCUGUUUCACACUUUUUCCUUCUGGUCUGCCCUCCUUCCCAUUUUGCUCUCAUUGCUUCUUCCCGUUCUCCACUGCAACACUCUCCUACUUGCUCACCCCACAUGGCUUCUUUCAUUCACAUAAUUUCCCUCCCGGCUACCCCAUGUGGUCAUUUGUUUCACUACGCCCUUUAGUUUCAUUCACUCUGCUCUCAUGGCUUGUUCCUUCCUUCCUGCUCAACUCCCAGAUCACUCUUGUCAUAUCUUUUCCUCCCCCCCUUCCCCCCAAAUAUUCUUAUAAAUGAUGCCUUAGUUUUUUUUUCACCUGCCACAAACCCAGUUUGUAUAUCACACUUUAAGUGCUUCUGUUUUUCUUCCUUAAAGUAUAUGACAGCUGCAUUCACUCUUUACUCCUCCUAGCUUAAUCGGUAUUCUUGUUUAUGCUUGUGAUUCUUUCUUUUACUAUAUGUUUGUGCAUGUAAAAAGCCCAACCCAGCUGAAGAACAGCGUGAAUAGCUGAUUCCCUACUCCUGUUUUGGCACAGUGAGAUGGAAUGGAGACCAGAAAGCUAAUUACGGCAACAGACAACCAGUACUCUGGUAUGCUCUUAAAGGCUCUGGAUGAACAGCGUGGCCAUGGACUUUUUUGUGAUGUCACUGUCAUUGUGGAGGACCGGAAAUUUCGAGCCCACAGAAAUGUCCUGUCGGCCUCAAGCACUUACUUUCACCAGCUCUUCUCAGUGGCAGGGCAGGUAGUUGAGCUGAACUUCAUAAGAGCCGAGGUUUUUGCAGAAAUUCUAAACUAUAUCUACACCUCCAAAAUAGUCCGAGUGAGAUCUGACUUGCUUGAUGAGCUCAUUAAAUCAGGGGAGUUGUUGGGAGUUAAAUUCCUUGCUGAUCUGGGAGCUCCUUUGCAGCAAGUGAAAAGCAUGUCUGGGACGGUCACGCCUAGCACUUCAGAACAGCCAGACCCGGAUGCAAAUGGCCUUGAAACACCGAAGCCUCCGGUCCACCCUGGAAGUCAAAUUUUAGUAUCUGGGAACCCAGUGAUAACCGAAUCAUUUUCAUUGUGCGGGGUGGACUCUGAUGCCACAAAGAUCACCAUUAGUGAUUCGGAUGACGAUGACGACGUCAUCUUCUGCUCAGAGCUUGUGCCUCCAAAGGACCGUCCUCUGGAGACCAAAGUGCCAACACAAAACCAGCCUUGCCCAAACCCUGUGGGUGCCUCUGAGCAAACAAACUGUAGCAACAGCAGAUCCCCUCCUCAGUCGUCUGCAGCACCACCACCACCAGCUCCUAGGCUUGACCUGCCCGCUGCUCAGACAAACCCAGCCGAUAGCCAUGCAUCUCUUGAGCAGCCUGUCCCCUCAGCUCCAAAAACGGUGGCUCCUAAUGUCCUUCGGCUGAAUUCCGCACAGAUCCGUGCUUCGCCACAUAUUGGUUCGUCGCAUGAAAUUGAAGUUUUGCCCAUACCUGAGGAGAAUCAUCAGCCAUCUACUAAUGAUUCCUUAACCGACAUGGACACCACUGUCAUUGAUGAGGAAGAAGAGGAGGAGGAGGAUGUGGAAGACGAUGAUGACAUUCUUGGUUUAUCUAGUCCAGGUUCAGCAAGCAGCAGUUCUUUGGUGCAGCAGCCUACAACUCCCAAAGCUGCCGCCGCCGCUACCACCACUGUUGCUGCUGCUGCUACUACUGCUGCUACUGCUACAAUUACUGUUGCAACAACAACAGAUUGCACAGGCGUAGAGAAAAAGCCCGUGGUUAACUUUCCACCACAGCCAGUCUCUCAACCCGUUGAGUUCAAAAUAAAAAUUUCCGACGUCGUUUCUGGAAGCAACAAAGAUGCUCCAGCGGGGGUUGCACCAAAGCAUGUGACAGAAGGCCAGAAGACCAUCACUUUAGAUACAGCCACCGAGAUAGAAAGCUUGUCGACGGGUUGCAAGGUUUAUGCAAAUAUUGGCGAAGACACGUAUGACAUUGUAAUCCCCGUGAAGAACGAGGCUGACGGGGAAGUCCGUCUGGAUGACGUGCCUAGGACGUCGGCGGAUGAUCCUGCCAACAGGAAGCGUUUAAAGGUAAAGCACGAUGAUCACUAUGAGCUCAUAAUGGAUGGAAAAGUCUAUUACAUCUGUAUUGUCUGCAGAAGGUCCUACGUUUGUCUUACCAGCUUGCGGAGACAUUUCAACGUUCAUUCCUGGGAGAAGAAAUAUCCCUGCCGCUAUUGCGAGAAGGUUUUCCCUCUUGCCGAAUACCGCACCAAGCACGAAAUACAUCAUACUGGAGAGCGAAGAUACCAGUGCUUGGCAUGUGGCCAGUGUUUCAUCAACUAUCAGGUCAUGGCAACACAUAUCAGGUCGGUUCAUAGCCAGGAUCCUUCCGGAGAAUCAAAGCUCUAUCGUUUGCAUCCUUGUAGAUCUUUGCAGAUCAGAAAUUACGCCUAUAUUUCAGGGAAUUCCAGCAAUAUACCUAUGGGGAAUGACAACGCUCUUACUUACCCGGUUGCUCCUGUGAAAGAUGCUUCUCAAGAACCCGCCCCUAAUCCUCCGGCAAAACCAAUGACCUGGGAUGAUAUCUUUGUUCCACAAGGGAAUGAGUCGCUUUUUAAGCAAAACCCCUCGGAUGGUAGUACUGAAUUUGAGUUUGUGAUACCAGAGUCUUAUUGAAACGGUUCCUUGCAGAAAUAAUUUGUUUUAUAAAAAAGGAAAAGGAAAAAAAAAAAGUAAAACUCUUAAACAGACUGCUUUAAAAGAAUUACAGAACAUCUCAUGUUAUGUAGUAACUCAGUGUUUGUUGUUUGUUUUCAACCUAGCCAGCAAAGGUAGUAUUUCCAGUCUAGGAUACCUGUUCCAGUGGGAUGAUUUUAUGGAAGAAAAUUGAUCAGGAAAAAUGAAACUUGAAUCCAGGAAAAGUAAUUUAGGAAAUUAGAUAUUAAAUACAUUUGGCUCAUUAGUACGGAUCGAAAUCUGGAAAGUUACUGUGUGGAAAGGUGCCGUUUCUUUCCAGUGAUGCGAAAGAGCUCUGUAGAAAUAAUGGAAAUAGCCCUUGAACCAGUGGCUAUGUAAUCUUUCAUACUAGCACUUUAAUACUGAAAAUGGUUUCAUUAACGCUUGAGAUUACAAAAGGACAGUCAGGACUGGUUUUGGGCAAUACUUAGAAGUUUGCUUUGUUUCAGGUAGAAAUUAAUAAGCUCCUUAAAUGUAGUGGAUAACCAGUGCUGCCCAUCCAUCAUGUUCUUUUCAAAGCUGCCUUUUGAUUCUCUUGUUCUGCUCCAAAAUCACUAUUGCAAAUUCACAAGAAAAUUUUCAUGCUGCAAGUUUGAUCUAUUGGAAUUAAAAUAGAUCUCUCCCUCUGAAGGAAGCAGGACAAGUUUUACCUAUAUCUGGUAUCUAUAAUUAUCUGGUGGCUGGGCCAUUGUGUUAUAUCCUUUUGAUGGGGCUCUGUUACCCAGAAAAUCGAGUCACAUUGAGGAAGAGCAGUCUGCUCACAUUUUUUUUAAUUACCAAGAAAUCAUGCUGGAUCCUCGGAAACAGUUCUAACAAAUAUAAUUUUGUAGGUGUUACGGUUUGAAGGAUGCCGAAGUUGCUCCUCAGAUCUAUACAAGUGGUAACUUUUGCUCUAUAACUGAGCAUAUUUAGAAUUUUUAAGAGUAUCCAGCCAGUGCAUUUGAACAUCCACAUAACGAUGUUAUGGUAGAAACAUAGUGGGCCUCGGGCCUUUUUUUUUUUUCUCUCUCUCUUUCUCUGUAGCACUCCUUACCUCUUUCCGAGUUGGUACAGAUGUCUGAAAAUGCUGUGGAAAUAGCAAUUUAUGUUGAGCAAGAUAUGUGUGUUCUCAAAGCAAACUGGUCAGCAGUCAUUGUUUCAUGUCAAGUAAUGUCCUGUUUUUUGUUUUUUUGUAAAUUAUAGUGUGGGAAAUGUGGGGGAAAACUUAUAAAAGACUGAAAAGGACUGUGAUGAAUAGAUCUAGUUAGUGAUCAGUGGUAUGUCAUUAAAAUCUCUUUCCAUCGAAUAAUUUUUUCUUCUGUUUUCCAUUCAUUUUAUCUAAAAUGUACUUAUUUUUCAGAUUGAAAGCAAUCAUUCUGAGAACUUAAUUUUCAAUCUGUCAUUCU